UUUUUUCCAGAGUAAUGAGAGCCUCAUCUCAAACCAGUAACACGAGGGUGCAGUAAAACAGGCCUGACCUGCGGAACCACCCUCACCCUCUUCGUCUCGAUGAAUCUUUCAUAUUCAAUAUCAUUCGAAAAUUUCUAAAGUGUCUUCUGCAAGAAAUAAAGAGAGAACGAAAGACAGAGAAAGAUACACUUGAGAAGUCAAAGUGUGCACGAGGAAGGGACAACGGUGCAGUCAGUAAGAAAGAAAAAGAGGAAAAAAGACAGAAGUAGAAGAAGGUGAAAGUGAGAGAGAGACGGACAGAGGGUGGGUGGUGGGGGGCUCUCGGGUUAAGAGCGAGGGAGAGAGAGGUGGUCGAAGGGAGUCGAACGAGGAGAAUGACGGAUAGCCAGCAGCAGUUUUGCUUGCGUUGGAACAACUUUCAAGCUAAUAUCACCAGCCAAUUCGAGGCCCUCAGGGAUGACGAGGACUUCGUCGAUGUCACCUUCGCCUGCGACGGUAGACGUCUCCAGGCGCACAAGGUUGUCCUCUCCGCGUGCAGCCCUUACUUCAAGGAGUUAUUCAAGACAAAUCCAUGCAAACAUCCGAUAAUAUUUAUGCGUGAUGUGGAAUUUGAACACCUGCAAUCGCUUCUGGAGUUUAUGUAUGCUGGAGAGGUUAACAUAUCUCAAGCAGAAUUGCCUACAUUUCUAAGAACCGCAGAAUCUCUGCAAAUCCGUGGCCUCACCGACUCCCAAAAUAAUCAGCACAACAACGAAAAGCAUUUGAAAACAAACAGCAUACACGCAUCAAACGGCCGUGGGCUGAUCUCACCAAACUUGGAGGAGGACCGUAGCAAAACACCACCAACCACAAGUCCUCCACCGUUAAAAAGGCUGUGCAAACGAAGUGAUUCGCCUCAAAUAUCUAGUCCAGUACCAGCUGCGGCGGCCUGUGCAACUGGAACGCCACGCACACGGCCAUUAAUUGAGCCACAGGUUCAACUUGACUGUUACAAAGAUCUCGAUAUUGUUGAGCCAAAAAUAGAAUUACCAGAGUAUGGAAGCGACGAUGAUUGUUCUCCAAAGCAGGAGGUCAACACACUGCCAAGUGGUUUUCUUAGCCUUGAUGGUGGCAUGGAAGUUUUACCAUCUUAUCCACCUUCUUAUCAAGGCGGUGGAUCAGGAGGAGGGGGAGGUGGCGGCGGAGGUGGGGGCAGCGGAUCUUUGGAAGGUGGAAUGCCAGGACCAUCUCAUGCCGGAAACACGGAGCUAAAUCAAGAGCAGCAAGGUCGGAGGGUACGUCGCGGCAGGCCGCGGCUUGGGACAAGGGGCGGAAAACACGCGUCCCCGUCCGUGCAGGGUAAUUCGCCGUCGAGAAGCGAGUGGCUACCCCUGGACAUGAGAACUACACCUCCCGCUGCUACACCCGCUUUUCGUGGUUUCGAGGAAUCCUCCUCCGACGGCGUGGUACAUCUGGGCGAGGGAAUAGCAGUUUGCGAGGAACAACUAAGGGCUGUGAAAUGGAGUGAUUACAGAAAAUUGACGCGCGGUCUGGCUGCGAUUUUGUUCAGCCCCACCGAGCUUGCUACUUGUUCGGUCACGGGACAACGAUGGAGCCGGGCUGGAACUGCCACCGAGAGACCCGUGAAACCUGCGCUAGAUAAGACUAAAGUACAGGCUAUCAUAUCCUACGUGACGUCGAGGUUUCCUACGGUCGACGUGAGCAGCGUGAAGCAGGUGUUGGCUUACAAGUGCAAGGAGAACUCAACGGCACUCAAGAUGAAAUCUAUUAGAUACAUUUGUGAAAGACAAGAAACAGAAAGAUCACCGAGAGCGAAUCCUGAAGAUAAGUGAGGGGUGAUAAGGGCGCGUUGAACGUGCAGCAACGUUCGAAGAACUUCGCAGCGUUCACUCGACUCUCUAAAGGGCUUCUUGCGACUCUGAAUUGCGACUUGCGGAUAAUCGUCCAGCUUCUCGUCCUCGUUUGGACCGUCAGCUUUUCGAUAUCUUCCCAAUUUAUUUUUGCCCUUAGCAACUGUCUGGCUCUAAUCCACGUCUCGUUCUCUUUAGCCUGAAUCAGCGAUUUUUUUACCUACCAUUUUUUCACGUUGUUACCGAUUAAUCUAUUGGCUGCCAUGCUAACGAAAACUGUGCAUGUUUUCCAAUUUCAUCAGCAGGUUCGAUUAGAACGUAUGAAGUUGUCAGCGAAUUUUAGAUAACAAAUUGAUAUUUAGUAGAUUGCUUCGAUAUUGAAAAUCAUGAAAGCUAUUCAUUUCAGCAUUUAUUUUUAUUAUCAAACGUCAGAUUGAGAAUCGCUGAUUUGGAUUAUUGAAAGGAUCGCUGUUUUGGGAGUAUACAAAAUUUCAUGGGAUCAAUGGCUGGUCGAAUUACUUUGGAGAUUGAUUGAACGAUGUCCGAAUUAUUUCGACAACUAAAACCAUUAUAGGAUUAAUUCGUUAAUUAGUUUAGGAUAUCAAAUGAUACGAGAUGAUCGACGAGACAGAUUUAGAAUGCUUGGGCAGUGUUGGCAAUUAAACCCGAAACCGACGCGUCAAUUCCCAUGUUACCAUUGGAAUCGCUUAAAAAGCUUGCGCGUAAUCAGCUAAACUACUUUACGCCGCGCAAGAACUUUUCUAAUCUGAAUCGGAUCUUCAACGUUAACUUUGAAAUUCAGAACGGACUUAAAAUAUUUAACUUUCAUCAGCGAUAAUCGGGAUUUAAACUUACCCGGUUAAAACAAUUUCCGAAAAAAGAAAAUGAAUUAAAUUGCAAAUAAAGUUUAACGAGAAGUAUCGUGGAAUUUGAAGAGCGCGUUUAAUUGCAGAGUAAACAGAUUUUUAAAAAGAAAUAUUGACGUGUUUAACAAAUAUCGUUUCUGGUGGAGAUAGUGAAAAGCAAUCAUUAACUACUGAAGAGGACGCGAGAUUAACGGAAGAUAAAAUAGGAACAGGGGAGGGAUUUUAUCAAUGAGAAAAAUGUGAUUUUCCGAUUCGCGAGCGAUAAUGGUAGUAACUCUUUGAGAGGUGUUGAACGAUUUAUUUAGGAUGUUGGAAGCACGAAUUGAUUUAACAUCUGGUUAGUUUACUUCGCUUCUAAAGAUAAUCGAGGCACGGUAUGCUCCGGGCGAAAGCGUUGAAAGAAAGAACGUUCAACACGAAGUAGGAACGCGUGGUAUUUAACAACUUAAUGUGAAGAAGGUGCAGUGGUAACAUUACCUGUUGAAAUAGUAAGAGAAUUGUUCAAUCCAUACAGAAUUACAUGAUCCGUUUCUUCAAAUAUUUACACUCGACAGUUGAUUAAU